AAGCUUUUUUCACUUUUACAUUGAGGAUAUGUAUAAAUUUUGUUGCCUAUGAGAGUCUGAAAAAAUUUUUUCGAGUGAAUUUAUGAACAUUUUGUUAGAAGGUUUUUCCACCGACUCAGAGCAACGUGCAGAUAGAUGUAGACAAAUAUUUUAUAAAAAAAUUUUUUCAAUGCAAAGCAAAAACGUGAAAAAUCUCUAAAUUUUAUUAAUUAUCAUAAAAAAAUUAGAUAUAUCUAUAAAAAAGUGUUUAUUAGUUAAAGGAAAUUGUUUAGAAAUGAAAAAGUGUGGUGGUUUUAAAAUGAAAUCAAAGCAAUAAAUGAAAUUUGUAAUGUUUGUGUAUACAUGUCCAGGGGGUGGUGCGGGUGUUAAUAAGGAAAAUUUGAUACUGUUAAAAUUCCUUUGGAUCAAUUGUUGUAUACAUAGCAAAGUAAAGCAAAGCAUAUGAAUACAUAUACGAACAAGUAUAUUUAAAGGCGACUGAAUUUGUAUACAUCAACUACAACAACAAACACACACACACACACUCUCUCGAACAAACAUAACUGCUCAAAGUAUGUUGGUGUGUUAUGUGGUGUUGAUGGUGGUGCUGUGAGAAGAAAGUCCUGCAGAAAAUAGUCUUAGUUGUCUUCCUUUAAGCAAAAAUGUUUUACCUUCCGUUCUAAAGAUAAAGUCAAGUGUGGUAGGGUAGUUUUCCCACGGGCCAAACGGAAACGUAACCAACAACUACUACAUAUAAAUAAAGUGCAAAUCACAUAAAUACACACUCUCACACUUACUCAAUAACAACUAACUGCAACGACAACAACAACUAUCAACCAUUAAGUGAGUGAGUCAGUUAAGGAGUUAAAGUCCUAUAUUGGUUCUAUACUAAACUUCAGACUAGUGAAUGUUUCCCUGUAGGCGUUUAGACAGUGCAAGUGAACAAUUGCCGUGUGUGUUUGAAAUUCAAACAAAAAAUCGGGAUAAUACGAAAAAUCUACUUCAACUUCAUAGUUUUACAUGCAGCAAGUGCAGUAUGUCGAUAAAACAUCGAAUAUACAAAAGUCUCGCUUAAGUUUUUUCUCUUUUUGCUUUCGCGUUUAUGAAUCACUUCAAUGCUAAAGUAAGCGUGAUAAUGUAGUGGAAUAAAAUCAACUUCAUGACACACAACCUCACAGUCUGUCAGUUUGUUUAUGUAUAAGUGUGUUAGUGCGUUACGGAAAUGUGUCCUUAUUGUGUAUUAUUAACAAAUAAUCAUAAAAAUAAAUAAUAAAGAAAAAUAAAAUUGUAAAGAAAUAAAAAAUAACAAAAAAAAAAAAAAAAAAGAAAUUCAUUUGUCUGAUAAUCAAAUAAAGUUUUAAGAAUUUUGUGCUCUUUAUAAAAAAACACCAACAACAACGAAUCUAAAACACAGUGAAUAAUAAAAUAGUCUCACAUACCGGAAUCAAAUGUUUGCCAAUUAAAUCACAUUUCUAUUAAUUCUUUUAAAACAAAAUACAAAAAUAUAAAGCCUCAAAGUAGGAACAAAAACUUUAUGCAUUCAUCAUUUGCAUCUGCAGCAACAGCUAAGCGGUACUUAACCUAAAAAAUAAAACUUCAUCAUCAGCAUCCUCACAACAACAUACCACAACAGCAACAAUAACUACCAAUGUUUAGAAAACCAAAUGCUUCCCCAGAGUUAAUUGAACUUUUUCAUGUUCAUCUUCCUUAAUUUCCAACUUAGACUAGGGGAAUACUAAAUUCAUACAAUUUUAUUAUUCCCAACAACAAAAUCGCACAACAACCACAACAACAACAAAAAUAAGAAUGAAAAAGAAAAUAUGAAUAAUUUAUAGUUCCUGCUGCUAAGAAUUCGCAAAUGUCAAUAUUUAAAAGUUAACUAACAAUUAGAUAGAAAAUAUCCCCCCUUUUUCACAAAAAUUAAAAAAAGAAAAUAAAAAUUUUAAUAUAAAAACAAAAUGGAGCGCAUGUGGCGUAAAGUGAAUCAUAGUUUUGGUAGCAGCCGCACGGCUAAAACUCAUGCACAUGCUACUGAUACUACAAGCUCGGCAGGUGGCUUUGGUGAUGGCCAGGUGGUGGUGGCAGUGGCUGGUUCUAGUUCUGCUACUGGUAGACGUUUGGCGACAAGCGGUCAAAUUCCCACACCAGCCGCUAUGGCGGUGUCAGCUAAUCCCGCCAAUCAGAGUGUUGGGCAAGUAGCUUCGGAUCCUGUGGCGGUAAAUACGUCUGGUCCGUUUCGCAAAUCAUUGAGUCAACAUGUAUUGCAGCCUCGCACUGCCUCAUCGGAGAGGCGUAGACGCAGACGUCGUAAAUCGCGACCUCGUCGCAGUGGUGUUAGUUGUGUUGGCGGCGGUGGUGAUAAUAUGUCAUCUUCCGGUGGUUUUUAUACAAUUAAGGAGUCCAACGAAUCCAAUCAUCGUUAUCAUCGUUCCACACGUAUGAUGGCCAGUUCAGCACCUAGUGGUACUGUCCUAAUGUAUCCUAAUCCCAGUACAGGACGUGAACUAACCAAUACUUUGGGUAUGGGGACAACAAAUUCAACAACAGCAGCAGGAGCUGGACAAGCAUCCACAGCCGUUGGCAAUUUGGCAGCAACACAAACAACGUCUGUAACAGUGGCGGCAGCACCGGAUAUUUCUCUACGACAACGAGCUGUCGCCAAAUUGCGUAUGUUUAACUUUCAUUUGAACUGGGAUCUACAGAUGACUCAUUGCAAACCAUGUGGAAGCGGCAGUGGUGGCAAUAUAAUCACAAGACGUCUGUGUCGGAAUCGUCGUCGUGAUGACAAUGAGCUUUAUCGUUCCAACAGUUUUAAAUUUGAACGUUUCGAACGUAAAGAAUAUUUGGAAGAGCUGGCGGAUACUUUGCAAAAACAGAUUGCCAUCUGUGAUGAUUAUAGUCUGCCUGUGGACUUUGUUAAAAAACGACCGUCCAGUUUUGAUCCCUGUUUAGCAGAAGCAUUACCCACAAAUCCCGAAAAUUGGGCAACUGCAGCUGCUGCUAGUCCACAACAGGAAUUUGCAACAUUUACUGAACAUCAACAGCAGCAGGCUGAAUCACAGGCACCACCACCUCCGGCCCCUUUAUCGACUUUACCCUCCAGAGUAAAUGCAAAUCUAAAUGCUUUAGCUCAGGAAACAGCAGUCCAUAAUAGUACUCUACCCACACAAUCGGUUGGUGCUCUGCAACAGCAACAACUCCAACCAUCACAAACCCUUCAGCAGCCAUCACAGAGUCAACAUCAACAACAGCAGCAUCAACAUCAUCAUUCGCAAAAGUCACAUGGCACACGUAGUCAGACGCAUCAACGUUUACCACAUCCGACAAGUGCUGUAAUAUCAACAGCCACUGUUGCCUCUCUGCCACCACCUUUACACAUACAAAGUCAAAUUUCUAAUAUUAAACAAGCAUCAGUCAAACUUAUUGAAGGCUAUUCGGAUCCCAAAGAUACUAAACGUCAUAAAAAAGUCUAUCACAAGAAGGCCAAGAGACGAGCUCAUAAAAAUCGCCAUCAACAGCAGCAACAACAACAACAGUUAGAAAAACAACAACAGAAUAAUCAGCAACAAUCCAAUAAUUCGCAAACGUUAACAACAGCUGCUCAAACCAAAGAGAAGGAUAAACGCAGCAAUUACAAUUCAGAUUCAUCAGCUCCAAAAUCCUCAGACGACGAAGAAGACAAUCAAUCAGUUAAAGUUCCUGAUCUGAAUUCUCCAGAUAGUAUUUCUGAUGAUUUGGUAAGGCCUUUGCCACCCCAAACUCACAGGAGUCCACGCAAGUUAACAGCUUCACAAUCAGAGCACAGCAAACGUAAUCCGUCUCCUUAUUACUAUUCGGAUUUACUUAAACCCAAAGAUCCCUCGGCAUCAGUAGGUGCAAACGAUAAGGAAGCUAAGCAAAAAAGUCGUCAAUCAACUGUAUCGGAACCUCCUCAAUCUACUCAAACUUUACCACAAGCUAGUGGUCCUUAUCGCAAAAGUACUAGUCUUGACGUUCCGGAACGUUCGGAGGAACGGGACGAGCAAGACGACGAUUUUGAUGAAACAGAGCCAACUAAUAGUACGGUACUCCCUGGUCCCCUAGACACACCCAAACGAUAUUCUUUUACUGAAGAAGGUGUACACAUAAUACGUUGUGAUUCACCUUCUACAACUACUUCAGAGGAGUCUGAUUGCAGUGAGUGCCUCAAACGUCGCGAAUGGCAUGCACGUGCUUUAGCAUUGGUAAGAAAAACCUGUAACGUUCAGCCCUUAAUACCGGCUACUGCAACCGAUUACGGUAAUAUUUGUCAAGACGGUUCAGUGGAAUUGAAUUGUGGCAAUCUUCCCGAAGAAUCUCUGUCAAUGCCACCACAUAGACUGCUAGGACCUGCAGUUUGUGCCUGUGUUGCUCCCGCUCUUGGUGAUGACUUAGAUGAAUAUUUUCGUCCUCGCAGCAUCUUCUACGUGCACCCACAUGGAGUUCAUGAAUGUGUUGACUGUGCUCCCGAUACAAAAAACCUAAAUACGAAUACUAGUUCUCACAGUGCUUUGGAUUCCAAUAGUCUUGCCCAGUCCGAUAACGCUCUCGACGAAAUAUCUGUGGUUGCCGACGAAGACGACGAAAUGUCGGGACGUACACGUCAGUUGUAUGAGACUGCAUUCGAUUGCAAAAUUGCCAAAUCAGAUGAUGAUUUAGAUGAGGUGGAUCGCAUAACAAAUCAUUCGGUAUUGCUGCAGCUUAACAAUGGAAAUUUGCCACCGCCCAAAGCAGAGUCACGUAACUCCAAGUCAUCAAAAAGUCGUUUGGAGGGUAAGCGUUUGAAGAAUUCAAAGAAUCAGGCCAUACAAGAGCAAGGAAGCAAUUCAGGUGGUAAUAAUAGUGGCAGUGGUUCCCCUUUGACGGUGGGUGCAGUGAACCGUACUGUGGAAGCAGUGCCAAGUAUUGUAUCAGGACUAUCGACAGAGUUGAGCAACAUUCAUAUUAGAGAGCAAGAUGUGGAUCAACAGAACAAUCCAACAACGUCCAGUUCACAACUACCUAUGCGUGGUUAUACGCCUUCACCGCCAUCUACAGCCCCCUUGCCUAUGAAGUUUCCUGGUAAACAUGAACGAUUUUUUAUGAACAGCAUACGAAGUGCGCCUAACCUGCCAUCAUCGAAUCCGGCCCAUCCGCGUUUACGCGAUCUCCGUCUUCCACUACAAUCCAAUUUGAGACAACAACAGCAAACGGGAUCAUCACUGGCCACCAGCAAUGAAAACAGUCUAACCGACAGCGCUUACGUGAAUCCACCAUCUUCCAGUAUACACCAUAAUCAUAACAGUCACCAUCACCAUCAUUUGUCAUCUCAUCAAGGCACGAACAAUGUAACCGGUGGCUCUAGAUCCCGCAGCCGACCACGAUCGUUUGUUCUUGAGUCGGGGCGGGUGCUGGAGCUGCGAAAAAGCCACGCCUCUCACCACCACCACCAUGUUGGCAAUGGCAGUCGAAGGCCUCACAAUUAUUCCUCGACCGAGAGCAUAGCAACAUCGAGUAGUGGUGGCAGCAUGGAAUCGCUACGCUCGAGCACUAGCGAGGGAAAUCGCAGUACGUCCAGUUCAGAGUCAAGGCACUCGACGUCGUUGAGUUCACAUAGCUCUGAAUCUGGUAGCUCGAGUGUUGCUUUUCCCCUUAGAGCACCAGUGGUCAUACAUUCCAAAUUGCAUAUCCUUAGUCCCAUAUCAGACAAGUCCUCCCAGGAACCGGCCUCCGAGUUGUCUGAGCAAAAUAAAACACAAAACGCUUCACCCGAAGAUGGCGCAGCCAUUCAAACGAAUACAAAUAAUCAACAGCUGCUGCAGCAGCAGCAACAACAACAGCUUCAGCUGCGCUCAGGCGAUACAGAAAAUGUACGACCUUCUCCCCAGCUACAAAUAGAUGCCUUGAAGAAACGAAGACCACCGGCAAAUAAAACCCUAAUGCAGCUGACAGAUGAAAUACUCGGAUCGGACAGUGGCAUUUCAUUGCACUCCAGAGAAGAUGGCAAGCCAUUGAUGGGCUUGCAAAAGUUUACGCUGCCAAAGUUAAAUUUCCCUCCAAAUGACAAGGGAAAUAAUCAUAGUGAUAUUAGUGCGGUAGGUGCCAUGAGUAACAGUGUGGGCUUGCCGCAAGAUUUAAGAGAUCUUCCGUUUGAUAUGCCAAAAUUGAGACGAAGAAAAACUUUACAACAGGAUGCUUGUACUUCGGGUAGUGCCACCUCAGUAGAUUUGGGAGAUCUUCCGUUCGAUAUGCCCAAACUGAGAAGACGUUUGCGAGCCAAUCAGGCCGAAAUCAAUAAUCUUAUGAUGCAUAGCACAGAAUCAAGUGGUAUCUCACAAGCCUCAUCUAGUCAUUCUAUGAGGGAUGACAAUAAAACCGCUAUGAAACUGGACUCUGCAAUAUUCCGUCAAAAUCUCACCUUGAAUCUAAAUGAACCACGACAGGCUAACAAUAAGUUUGGCAGCCUGGAUUUACGUGGUCUUAGCAACAAUAAAGAACUCAAUUUGAAUUUGAAUGCAACAGCCUUUGCCACUGCAGUCGAUCUGAUUGACGUCUCAAUACCAUUGGAGAGACAAGGAUGGUAUCAUGGUUCAAUUACACGUAUUGAAGCCGAAACAACUCUAAGACCCUUAAGUGAAGGCAGCUUUUUAGUACGCAACUGUGAGUCAACCAAACAGGACUAUUCAUUAUCCCUAAAGGGAGCAAAAGGCUUUAUGCACAUGCGUAUCCAACGUAAUGAAUGCGGUCAAUAUAUAUUGGGUCAAUUUAGUCGUCCUUUCGAAACGGUGCCCGAUAUGAUAAGACACUUUUGUCUCAAUCGUCUACCGGUUAGAGGAGCUGAACACAUGUGCUUAAUAGAGCCCGUUAUUGCCCAAUUACUUUAAAAAAGUAUUCUAUCUCUCCCUACGCAACACAUACUACUCAAGCAUGCAUUCUAACAUUGAAUUAUAUAUUAAUUAUGAUAAUGAAAACAUACAUACAUAUAUCUUCCAGUUAUCGUAGAACUAUAUACAUUAACAUAAAUAUAAAUACAACAAUAAAAACUACUAACGCACUCACUCUCUCUCAUACUUAAUGUUAGAAACACUGAAAAAAGUAUCUCAAAGAAAAUUCAAAUUAAAUAAAAAUAUUUUUAUUUUUUACAUUCAUCUAACAGACAAUAUAAUUUAUAAAUUUAAAGCGUAAAAAAAUAAAAUUUUUUAUUAAUUUUUAAUUUGGUUUUAAU